GGAAGGUAGGGCCUCCGGAGGGCGGGGGAGCCGAGGCUCAUCUACUCCGUGCCUGCCUGCGUGUUAGCUAAUCAUGUCCUUUGGGGUGGCUUCGUGGCUAUUUCCGUAUAGGAAGGUUUGCUGUUCUCCUGAAGAGUGGCUGCAUUGGACAGCAUGACUGACUGUCCACCCGCUCUGAUUCAUAGCAGCAUACAGGGCAAAUCAAAUCGAAAUGCUAAAGUUUCCCAUUUACUCGGUGUUGGUUAACCAGGAGGCUACCAGCAGCCCUGAAAAUAGCAACACCUUGUUAGGAAGUCAGCCUCCUUUCCAGGAUGGGCAGUUGGAACCAUUAAACGAGGGUUUUCUUUCUAGAAUCUCUGAUCUGCUGCUGUGCAGAUGGACCUGCCGACACUGCUGUCAGAAAUGCUACGAGUCUAGCUGUUGCCAGUCAAGCGAGGAUGAAGUUGAAAUUCUGGGACCUUUCCCAGCCCAGACUCCUCCCUGGCUGAUGGCCAGCCGGAGCAGUGACAAAGAUGGUGAUUCUGCCCACACAGCCAGUGAAGUCCCGCUGACCCCUCGGACCAACUCCCCCGAUGGGAGACGCUCGUCCUCGGACACAUCCAAGUCCACCUACAGCCUGACCCGGAGGAUUUCAAGUCUCGAGUCCCGACGACCCAGCUCCCCACUCAUCGAUAUUAAACCCAUCGAGUUUGGCGUGCUCAGUGCCAAGAAGGAGCCCAUCCAGCCAUCGGUGCUCAGACGGACCUACACCCCCGACGACUAUUUCAGGAAGUUCGAGCCCCGGCUGUACUCCCUCGACUCCAGCAGCGAUGACGUGGACUCGCUGACAGACGAGGAGAUCCUGUCCCGGUACCAGCUGGGCAUGCUGCACUUCAGCACCCAGUACGACCUCCUGCACAACCACCUCACCGUGAGGGUGAUCGAGGCCCGGGACCUGCCGCCCCCCAUCUCCCACGAUGGCUCACGCCAGGACAUGGCACAUUCAAACCCCUAUGUCAAGAUCUGUCUCCUGCCCGACCAGAAGAACUCGAAGCAGACAGGGGUCAAGCGCAAGACGCAGAAGCCCGUGUUCGAGGAGCGCUACACCUUUGAGAUCCCCUUCCUCGAAGCCCAGAGGAGGACUCUGCUCCUGACCGUGGUAGAUUUUGAUAAGUUCUCUCGCCACUGUGUCAUUGGGAAGGUGUCCGUGCCUUUGUGUGAAGUCGACCUGGUGAAGGGUGGACACUGGUGGAAGGCGUUGAUCCCUAGUUCUCAGAAUGAAGUAGAGCUGGGGGAGCUGCUUCUGUCGCUGAAUUAUCUCCCAAGUGCUGGGAGGUUGAAUGUUGACGUCAUUCGAGCCAAGCAACUACUUCAGACAGAUGUGAGCCAAGGUUCAGACCCCUUCGUGAAAAUCCAACUGGUGCAUGGACUCAAGCUUGUGAAAACCAAGAAGACGUCCUUUUUAAGAGGCACAAUCGAUCCUUUCUACAAUGAAUCCUUUAGCUUCAAAGUUCCCCAAGAAGAACUGGAAAAUGCCAGCCUCGUGUUUACAGUGUUUGGUCACAACAUGAAGAGUAGCAACGACUUCAUUGGAAGGAUCGUCAUCGGCCAGUACUCUUCAGGCCCCUCCGAAUCCAACCACUGGCGGAGGAUGCUCAACACCCACCGCACAGCCGUGGAGCAAUGGCACAGCCUAAGGUCCCGGGCCGAGUGUGACCGUGUGUCUCCUGCCUCCCUGGAGGUGACCUGAGGGCUGGGGAGGAAAGCUUUCGUUUGUACAAAAACAAGACAGAAAAAAAUGUGUCACACCCAUUACAGCCACACCUGCAUACACAUUCACAACACACACACACACACACAAACACUCACACACCCCUCUUAAAUCCUUAGAAUUGAGAGGAACCUGACUACUGAUCAUAAAAUGGCCACCCUCAAUGAGUGAGGCCUGAGAACUUUCCAGAAACCCCAUCCAUAUAUCACAACCCAGUGGGUUCUGCUGUGAGAUGCUGGCAGUACCUGCUCUUGUUGACCACUCUCACCCCCCACCCUCAAAUGCACUUUCAACCCUCGGGCCAGAGAAGAGGCCUCCCAAAGGGUGUCAGCCUAUAUCAAGACUAAAUGUACCUGGAUUUUGGCCAGUGUGUGGGAGUCCUGACCCCACUACUCCCAAAACACACCCACUGGACACCAACUGGACAAGCUGCUGUUCCCUGGGGUUCUUCAAACCUUUCUCGAAAGGUGUAAGUAUCUUCAUCUCCUUAGGAAAUGUGAGAAGUAGGUUAGACUAUUUGGAGAAACCAAAUGGCAACAAAAAAUAAUCCAGUGUAAGAAAAUUCUCCUGGCUUAACUGAAUUUGUCCUCGUGUUAGCUUACUCCAGGGGAUUCCCUGGGAGUAAGUAUGUGUGUGUUCUUGUAUGUGUGCCCUCAUAGGCAAUCAUAUGUUUAUGUCCUCUCAGAGGACCACAAGGUGAGGGGCUGGGACCUUGGUCCUGAGCACUCCCUUUUCCCUUAUUCUCCUGUCCAGUGAGAUUUCACCCAGUGUCUUCUUAAUCUGUCAAAGAUCCCACGUUGGAUAUUGGUAAUGUGUGUGUGUGUGUGUGUGUGU